AUGGAGGAGAAAGGCUCAUUCAAAGUUAUUAUCAUCGGGGCCUCGGUCACGGGUCUCACCCUGGCCCAUUGUCUUCAUCGCGCCGGGAUUAACUAUGUGGUUCUGGAGAAGCAUGUCGAGGUUCAUCCGCCGAUUGGCGCCGCCGUGGCUAUUCUGCCCAAUGGUGCGCGAAUUAUGGAACAGCUGGGCAUCUUCCAUCAUGUUGAACAGAAGUCUUCUUCGAUCCAGCGGGUGCAUCUUUGUUUCCAGGAUGGAUUUUACUACGAUAGUCUUUCUCCCAGUGUCAUACUUGAGAGAUUUGGCAUCAAGUUCGCUUGUCUGGAGAGGACUCAGCUUCUUGAAAUUUUGUAUACGACCCUCCCGGACAAGUCAAAGGUUCUCACGAAAAAGGAUGUCGGGACAAUCACUCCGCACGGAGCCACAGUCUCUGUCACCACCGCUGCCGGCGAAGAAUUCCAAGGCAGUUUGGUUGUAGGAGCAGACGGCUUGCACAGUCUGACAAGACGCGAAAUGUGGCGGAUCGCUGAUAUCGAGCAGCCGGGGCGAAUCACACUCAAAGAGAAACGCAGUAUGGGGGUUGAGUUCAGCUGUAUCUUCGGCAUGUCUAACCCCAUCCCGGGUCGGGAGGGCUGGCAGCACGUAAUUCGACUUGGCCCCGGGUUCACAAUCCUGAUAUUCCCAGCAGCCGCAGACGGCUUGUUUUGGGUGCUCAUUGAGAAGCUACCACGAAAGUAUACAUAUCCCGAUGCACCGCGGUUCUCGCAGGACGAAGCCGUUUCGCGCUGCGAAGCAGCUGCCAAUUUGCCCAUCUGGGAUGGAGUCCGGUUUCGAGAUAUCUGGGCUCAGCGCCGGGGGUUCCGGAUGGUUGCGUUGGAGGAGAAUCUUUUCCAGACCUGGCAUCAUGGCCGGAUAGUCUGUAUCGGAGAUAGCAUGAGCAAGAUGACACCGAAUAUUGGUCAAGGAGCCAAUACCGCCAUGGAAGCAGCUGCCGGACUGGCCAACAUGCUCCACGCAAUCACUCAAGACAACAAGCUUCCCUCGACCGAUACGAUCGAACAAGCGCUUGUCACGACCACCGCAAAGCAUCGCAAGCGUCUCGACGCAAUUCACAUGGAAUCCCGCUGGAUUACGCGGCUAGAGUCAUGCCAGGGCUGGCUGACGACGGCCUUCGCGCGCUACCUAGCGCCACAUUGUGGUGAUCUCUUUGCCCUAGGUGUCGUGCGCAAUUCCUACAACGGCGAAGUGCUGCAAUUCCUGCCCUUGACGGAGCGUGCGGGGAAGAACUGGCCAGAGUUGGAAUGGUGGAAUACGUGGGGCCAAUCCAAGUGGCGGGAGGUGAGCCAGAAGAUGGGCUACCUCUUUUUCAUUCUGAUCAUUUUGUGGUCUAUCAAUUGGAUGUCGAGAAUUGCUGACCUGUGA